AUGCAGCUUGCUCUCAGUAUCAUCUUCUUCUUUCUCGGCUUUGGUCUAGCCACAAUUGUUGCAUUGAGGCCACAAAAAGCAAGGAAAGAUCUCGACAACUUUACCUCUCAACUUCGCCAUGUUACCAAUGGGUUGAAGGGACAGGGGUCGCAUCCUGGCGACAUGGAACAAUCAGAGUCUGCAGAGGAGAUCAUCAAAAGGGGUGCAGACAACCUGUUGACCAAGUAA